AUGGUUGGUCUUUUUCAAAUGAACCCAUUAACAAUUUUUAAGUUUCCAGCUGAAGACAAAAAGAUGGAAAGAUGGAAGAUUCAUUGUUUCCCUAUAAUGUUUCUGAUAGCUUUGCUUCUGUGCCAUACGAUUCAGCCAGCAGAUUCCAGCAGGGGCUGGGAUGGCAUUAUCAUCACAGAAGCAGAUUAUCAGGCAUUGCAAGCAUUCAAACGCGAGUUGGUUGAUCCAAAGGGGUUCUUACGAAGCUGGAAUGACAGUGGUGUUGGAGCUUGUGCGGGUGCUUGGGCUGGAAUCAAAUGUGCUAAAGGCCAAGUCAUUGUAAUCCAGCUUCCAUGGAAAGGUCUAGGUGGAAGAUUAACUGAAAAGAUUGGGCAGCUUCAAGCCCUCAGAAAGCUUAGUCUCCAUGACAAUGUGAUUGGUGGGCAAAUACCACCUUCAUUGGGGUUCUUGCCUAACCUCAGGGGUCUUCAAUUGUUCAAUAAUCGGUUUUCUGGAUCAAUCCCUCUUACAUUUGGUUUAUGUCCCCUUCUUCAAACACUUGAUUUCAGUAACAAUUCACUUACUGGAACCAUUCCCGCCAGUCUUGCCAACUCAACUAGGCUCUUUAGGCUCGAUUUGAGCCAUAAUUCUGUGUCUGGUUCAAUCCCCACAAGUUUAGCUCAAUCCCAAUCUCUUGUUUAUGUUUCUCUCCACCAUAACAAUCUUUCCGGCCAAAUUCCAGAUUCUUGGGGUGGACCUGUUAAAGCCAUCUAUCAACUCCAGUCCCUCUUACUUGAUCAUAACUCAUUCUCUGGUACAAUUCCAGCUUCUUUCUCCAAUUUGAGGGAGCUCCGAGAAAUUUCACUCAGUCAUAACAAUAUUGCUGGUGUGAUACCAAAUGAAAUUGGGAAGCUAUCUAGGCUUACAACACUUGAUUUCUCUUUCAAUGCUCUUAAUGGGAGCUUACCUCCUUCUCUUUUCAAUUCGUCUUACCUAGUGACUUUGAACUUAGAAAGCAACCAUCUUGAUAACCAAAUCCCCGAGGAUAUAAACCAACUACAUAAUCUCUCAGUUCUCAACCUCAGGAAUAACCAAUUUUCUGGUUCUAUUCCAGCAUCAAUAGGGAACAUUUCCACGCUUACACAACUUGAUGUAUCAUUUAACAACCUCAGUGGAGAAAUCCCACCAUCCCUUGGUGAUUUACCAAGUCUUAGUUCAUUCAAUGUGUCUUAUAACAAUCUCUCUGGCCCUGUUCCAGCUAAUCUUGCCCAAAAAUUCAAUGAAAGUUCCUUCUUGGGUAACAUUCAGUUAUGUGGAUACAGUGCAUCAACCCCAUGUCCACUCCCACCGUCUCCUGCCCCAUCAGCUCCUCCAGAAACUCCGGCAAGGAAACAUCAUCAUAAACUAAGCACCAAAGACAUUAUCAUCAUUGCAGCAGGCACUCUCCUGGUUAUUCUAGUCAUCAUCUGCAUCAUUUUAUUAUGCUUGCUGUGCAGGAGAAGGUCUGAAGCAAAAUCAAAGGAUGCUCAGGCCGCAGGAAAGGCGGCGGCUGCCGGCGCCGCCGGGGCUAAGGCUGGCCAAAAAGGGGCGCCUCCAACUGCAGGGGAAGUUGAAGCCGGCGGAGAAGGGGGUGGAAAACUCGUCCAUUUCGAUGGGCCCAUGGUUUUCACAGCAGAUGAUCUUUUGUGUGCUACUGCAGAGAUUAUGGGUAAAAGUACUUAUGGAACAGUGUACAAAGCAACAUUGGAAGAUGGCAGCGUUGUUGCAGUGAAGAGAUUGAGGGAAAAGAUUACUAAAGGUCAAAGGGAAUUCGAAACUGAAGUUAAUGUACUUGGAAAAAUCAGACAUCCUAACCUCUUAGCCAUGAGAGCUUAUUAUUUAGGCCCCAAAGGAGAAAAGCUUCUUGUCUUUGAUUACAUGCCAAAAGGCAGUUUGGCUACCUUCCUUCAUGCACGUGGACCUGAUACGCCGAUUGAUUGGCCAACGAGGAUGAAAAUUGCGCAGGGCAUGUCUAGAGGAUUGCUGUAUCUUCAUACUCAAGCUAAUCUUAUUCAUGGAAAUCUGACAUCUAGCAAUGUAUUGCUGGAUGAAAAUGCAAAUGCGAAAAUCUCAGAUUAUGGCCUUUCACGACUAAUGACUCCUGCUGCUAAUGCAAAUGUGAUUGCAACUGCUGGAGCGCUUGGCUAUAGAGCUCCAGAACUGUCCAAAUUGAAGAAAGCCAAUACAAAGACUGAUGUUUACAGUCUUGGUGUCAUCAUGCUGGAACUUCUCACUGGAAAAUCACCGGGAGAGGCGAUGAACGGUGUCGAUUUGCCUCAAUGGGUUGCCUCCAUUGUGAAAGAAGAAUGGACAAACGAAGUGUUUGACUUGGAAUUGAUGAGGGAUGCUUCCACAAUUGGUGAUGAAUUGUUGAAUACAUUGAAAUUGGCUUUGCAUUGUGUUGAUCCAUCUCCAUCCGCCCGACCGGAAGUCCAGCAGGUGUUACAGCAGUUGGAAGAAAUCAGGCCAGACACUCCUGCCGCCAGCCCAAGUGAAGAGGCUGCUGCCCCCUCUUCAACUAGCGAGUAG